AUGGUGAUCAAGAGGAAUGGUGACGGAAAAGAGAAGGAACCGGAAAGUUUAGAUAGGAGAUUUGAAGGGGUAGGAGACAAGAAAUCCGUCCGACAAGCUCUCCACAUUCGUGAGGGGACAGUGGACAAGUUUCAAUUCCGCAACUUGACUAUUAGUGCCUCCACUGGGAAACCAGACACCAUAUAUUACUCCCAUGAUAUCAUCAGUAGCUUGGCCUAUUAUAAACAACUUGCUACCAAAAACUGCCAUGCCUUGAUCAUCAAUGGUGAUCAUGACAUGACAUUUCCAUAUGUGGGCACAAAGCAGUGGAUAAAUAGUCUCAAUCUUAGAGUCAAGAGCCCAUGGAAACCAUGGUUCAUUCGAACUCAAGUUGCCGGAUAUGAGAAGACAUACUCAAAGGCUAAAUACUCUUUGAAAUAUGUGACCAUUAAGGGUGCGGGUCAUUCAGUGGCACUUUACAAGGCAGAAGAACUAAUGGUCACUGUGGAGACAUGGCUUGCUUCUCAUACUAAUUCUUCAAAAUCUUAAGAUUUAUAAGAUUGUUUUUUUUACUGCAAUUUACUUUACUAAAGGCACCAUUGUUUUACUCAUUAUGUAUUGUAUGCAUAUGUUCUUGCUUA